CCUGGCUCAGAAAAAAAGAGGAGGGAGAGGCUAGUGCACAGAACUCCAGCUGCUGAGUGACGAUGCACUCACAGCCAGGAGAAGUGUGUGUGUGUGUGUGUGUGUGUGUAUGCGACUGCACUGCCUCUGCGAUAUGCAAUGGAUUCAGAGAUGAUCCCUCACUCUCUGCUUUUCUGAUCUUCUCCUGAGCUCGGUGACUGCUGUCUCUUUUUGCUUUCUCCUUUUUCUUUCACCUUUUUCUCUUUGUUCUUUUUUUGUAUCUCUUUUUUCUAUUGCUAACUGGAAUUAAAUGCAUUUUAUUUACUUUGCAUCAGCUUCUGCCUUCUAGUUUUGGACAGUUUUAGCUCUUUUGCCUGAUUAUACACCUUAUUAGGCUCUUAUCAAAUAAGCUCUUCUUUAUUUUCCUUCCUUCUUAAUUUUUUUUCUGGCCUCUUCUGACAUGCUUGAAGAAGACUCUGACACCUGUGGACCUUUACUUUAAAAGCUGACUGCAAACAAAAGGUGAGAAAACUAUUUCCAUCAUUUUGGUGACUGAACAUGGACAUGGAACACAGUGGACACUCUUAAUUCUUCUUGACAUGUUAAGAACUUCAGUUUAAAACUAUGUAGAACCUUCCAGAACUCUUCAAAAGAUGAAUACCACCCUGCACUAUGGACUUAUCCAGGUCUACAACGCUAGGAACCGCAGCGUUGCUAGCAUGCCCGUCCACAGAGACGCUCAAGGUGCUAAAGACUCGUCAUCUUCAUCCUCGCACGGAUGCUACAAACAGCUGCUAAUCUCAACAGAAGUGUUCCUCACUCUGGGCAUUGUCAGCCUGCUGGAGAACAUCCUGGUGAUAGCGGCUAUCGCCAAGAACAAGAACCUGCACUCGCCCAUGUACUUCUUCAUCUGCAGCUUGGCUGUGGCGGACAUGUUGGUUAGCGUCUCCAACGCUUCGGAGACCAUCGUGAUCGCCCUGAUCAGCGGCGGGAACGUCUCGAUCUCAGCUGGAGUGAUUCGCAACAUGGACAACAUCUUCGACUCCAUGAUCUGCAGUUCGUUAUUAGCGUCUAUCUGCAGCUUGCUAGCUAUCGCCGUCGAUCGCUACAUUACCAUCUUCUAUGCGCUACGCUACCAUCACAUCGUGACGGUCCGUCGCACGCUAGCCGUCAUCAGCUGCAUCUGGGCAUGUUGCACAGUCUCAGGCGUCCUUUUCAUCGUUUACUCGGAGAGCACGACUGUGCUGGUGUGCCUUAUCAGCAUGUUCUUCACCAUGCUAGCCCUCAUGGCCUCGCUCUACGUCCACAUGUUCCUGCUGGCGCGGCUCCAUAUCAAGCGCAUCGCGGCUCUGCCGGGCCACGCCCCCAUUCGCCAGAGGGCCAACAUGAAGGGGGCCGUGACCCUAACGAUCCUGCUGGGUGUUUUUGUGGUCUGCUGGGCGCCGUUCUUCUUGCACCUCAUCCUUAUGAUCACCUGCCCCAGGAAUCCCUACUGUGCUUGCUUCAUGUCCCAUUUUAACAUGUACCUCAUCCUUAUCAUGUGCAACUCUGUCAUCGAUCCGCUCAUCUACGCCUUCAGAAGCCACGAGAUGCGGAAAACCUUCAAGGAGAUCUUCUGCUGCUGGUACAGCCUGCCCAACGUCUGCGUAUCUGAGCCCACUGAAUCAUGCUAAAUACUGGUGAUUGGUGCACAGUUGGGUUUGGCAUCUGCUGAGAUGGUCAUCACCUUAUCAAAAAGCAUGAUGAGCAAUUUAUGAGAAACCCACCUGUUAAUCAAUUUAAUUUAAAAGAUUCUGCUGUGACUAUUCAAGAGAAGACUAAAGAGAGGGAAGAGAACAUUGUGGGUUGGAGUUUGGGCAAUUUCUGCUUGCCGAAAGAAGUUAAAGUAAGUGAAGCCAGUGAAGGAGAGACAAAAGGAAGGAAACAGUUGGUUGAGGUUUCUGAAAACCUGAUGUACAUACAUGUAGACAAGGUAGCGGUCAUCAGAUAUCAGAAUUGAGAAGAUGGACUUCAGGCAUGUUCCUCUUCCCAAAUAUUUUGUCAUUUUCAUAACAUCACUUGGGGUGUCUCAUCUUUUUUUUUUUAACUCUGUUAUCGAACCACUUUCGAUCUACUCCUUCUAAAGCAAUGAGAUGUGGAAAACCUUCAAGGAGAUCUCUUGCAAUUGGUACAGGCUGCCUAACAUCUAGCUGUGUAUCUAAGCCAACUGAAAAGGUGCUAAAAAGGGGGGUAGGCGGUUGGGGUUGGCAUUGGCACCUGUCCCCUCUGCUGAGCUGGUCGUUACCAUAUCAUAAAUGCUGUUCAAGUUAUGGGAAAUGCACCAGGUCGUUAAUUUAUUUAGAAGAAUCUGAAUAUUAGAAACAAAUACUUUGAUACUAAAAUUUAUUUUUUGCCUGAACAUGCCAUCAGUAUCUGACUAUUACUUCGAGAUGCUUCUGCUUGCAGAAGGAAGUCAUUUUGUCCUUCUUUGAUUAUUUAAGCCAGGUAGGAGAGAUAAAAGGGGUAGACGGCUGGUUGAGGGUAGACAUCAUAUUUAUUGCAUAUUAAAUUAAGAAGAGGGACUUCAGGCAUGUUCCUCGUCCCAAAUGUCCGAUGUCUGUGAAUCUGAGCCAACUGAAUUGUGCUAAAUAUGGGGGUCAGUGUUGUGGUCGGCAUUAAUACUGGUCAUCUCUGCUGAGUUGGUCGUCACUAGGGCUGCAGCUAAUCUGCAAUUAAUGAUUAUUUUGAAAGUCAACUAAUCUGGCGAUUAUUUUUCCGAUUAGUCAACAUUUAUUUCUGCCAUGCCCUCCAUCUCUGCUUGCUGUGAGUACGACUCCUGUGUCUAGCUUUCUUUGUACUCGAUUUAAAUCGAUAGAAACAGCUAAACAAAGGUUUUUAAUGCCCUUUAAAUGUCCAGAACAUUGUCCUUUAAAUGUGAGAAGUGCUGAUAUUUAGUGAGGAAAUGUGUAAUCUGCUGUGUUUGGGCACUUUUGGAGACCCAGUACAUUGUGAAGUGGUGCAAAUUAACGAAUAGUCAAUGAACAUUGAAAUAGGCAAUGAACAUUUGGAGUCGCCAAAUUUUUAUAAUCGAUAUUGUUGAUUAUAUCGACUAAUCGUUGCAGCCCUAGUCUUCACCUCAAAAUAAAGCUGUUCAAAUGCACUUAAUGUUAAUCAAUUUCAUUAGAAGAAUCUGAAUAAUAGAGAGAAAUGCUCUCAAGUUCAGAACAUGCCGUCAGUAUUUGACUAUUUAACAGAACACUAAAGAAAGGAGAGAAAACAUUUUGUUACAGGUAUAAUGGUAAAAACGUGAGAUAUGUUUCAUAAAGUGAUUUUAUGAAAGUAACCAAACGUUUAGGAGGAGGAACAUGCCUGAAGUGCCUCUUCUCAAUCUAAUAUUAUAUAAAUUUAAUCUCUACCUUGUUUACAGGUAUCUACAUCAAUUUGUACACCAAUCAACCACCCUUUCUAAUAAGGAAAGUCAAGAAGGAGAGAUAAGUGAGGGAGGAGAUGAAUGGAGGAGGGUUGUGAAGACCUGAUAGACCUGAUAUAGACAUGUGUGAAGGAGAUCAUAUUUAUAGAAUAUUAGAUUGAAAAGAGGAACUUCAGGCAUGUUCCUCCUCCCAAACAUUUUAUAAUAUAAUAUAAUAUAAGCUUUAUAUUGUGCAGAUUGCCAUUACCAUCCAGGACCAGACUUGAUUAAGAUUAUGUUAAUUCUAUAGACCAUAAAUAUGUAAAUAUAACUUGGACAAAAGCUGUGACACUCAGAACAUUGCUGUCUUGCAGGGAACUGGUUCUGCUCCACAUAAAAAAGGAAAAAAGCUCUUCAGAAAAAGAUCAGUUUCCUUCUUAUCCUAAAUGUAGAGGAACAGCCAGUACCUGAUAAGCUAUUGUACAGUAGCUAUUGUACGAGUAAAUGAAAGCUUAUCUGUGCAGCCUGUGUGCAUAAAUCACUGCACACUUGCCUCAAAGCAUACUGCAUUCUGCAAUCCUGAUUCACUUGCUGAUAUAUAUUCAAUUCAAUUUAAUUCAAUUUAUGUAUGUGUAUAUGUGUGUGUGCUGACAUUAUUGUUAGUCCUUCUGUUUUCUGUAUAGAUGUGAAGAUACGGUUUUAUCAGAAACUAGACCUGCAUGAUGUGGAAAUUAAAAGCUUGAGGCCAUAUAAAUGGUUUUGUCUUGGUUUUGGAGAUCUUGAGAGUUUUGAGGGUCUUGAACCAACUGAGCACAAUGCUUUUAUUUCUAUAAUUAUUUAUUUUUUUCUGUGUGAGUAUAGCUGUAUGAAAUUUAGCACAACCACUUGUUGAUUGGAACAGGCACAAAAUAAGUUCUUACCUCAUUUUUUUUUUUUUUUUAAAUGAGCUAUUUGUUGGCUACAUUAGGCUUAUAGCUUUUAUGCUAAAGUACAGAACAGUUAUAUAAAAUAAACUAACAAAAAAGGGGGAAAUUCCUAUUUAAAUUGGACCAUUGAAUGUCAUACUGGGCAAUGUGUUUAACCUAUCCAGACCCUGCAUCUGUUACAAUAGACAUCAUGUCUUUCCUUUUUUUCAGGUUUUGUUGCACAUAACACUAAUUGAGACUUUUGUCCAUCAGAAAUGACCAAUAAACCAGCCGAUGAAAGGGUCUGCAAGCCAAUGAACUAGUAGCUGACGAGAGCCAACGAGGCAAAGUAAAGGCUAAUUUUUACUUAUUUGAUAUUAUUUAAAACACACAAGGGAUGGUUCAUGAAAUAAAGACAAUUAGAUAUUUUAAUUUAAUUGGAUUACAUUUUUACAUAGAUUUUAUAAUAAAAUAUUAGAUGUCUUCCUUAGUGUGCAUCACAGACAGAAAAUAGCAUUUUUUUCUGAUAUUUUUCUAUCACUGGAACAUAAUUUGGGUCUAAAAGGGUUAAAAUGUGUUUUCUGUAGUGCUCAGUCUAUAUAAAGCCUAAAUACAUUUUUGCUUCAAAAAAGUUUAGUUGCGGGCAGCAAAUUAUUAUGCAGUGCCGUCACCCAGUUCAUGUAUUAAAUUAGAAGUUUUGGUAACACUUUACAUUAAGUAAGUACAAUAAUUAAUAGUACUAUCAACAUAAUGCAUCUACUAAUUAUUAAUUAGGCAUUAUUAAUCAUUACAACAUGUUUUAAACAAUAUCUUAAUUCAUUACUAUUUACAACAUUCUUCAUCAUUAACAAUUAGUUUAAUAAUGUCUUAACUAGUGUAAAUUAAUAGCUACAAUUAAUUGCAGUAUGCAAUCACAGUACUGUUCUUCUUAAGCCUUCUUUUUAUUAUACACGUUUUUUUUUUUUGGCAAUUAUCGAGAUAUCAACUCCAAUAGAUUCCAAUAGAUUUUUGAUUGAACAGUUUUCUUUAAAAAAUUUGACUGAUUUUUUUUUUUGCUUAUUAAGAAUGAAUGCAGAGCAAAAGUGCACGUCCAUGAACGUCCCAGUUUUUGAGAUAUGAAGACCAAAUUCGGCAUGCUUUUGGAAAAUAUGCCAAUACUGUUUUUGGACAAUUGUUUUUACAAAUUUUCUCCAUAGGAAUGAAAAGAGGGAUCCAACAUUCUGUCUCACACACCAGUUGAAUCUGUGCACAGCACGCCUUCUCUACAAUGCUCCUCAGUACUGUUUGUGUAUGGAGGAGCUGCUGGAUAAACCAGCUGUUGCUCAAACGUUUGGACAGCACACACGUCAAUAAAUGUUCUGUACAGUCUGUGCAUGGAGGAGCACAGUUACCAUAGCAACCAUGGCAACACCUUAGCAACCACUUGGCACCACAUUAGCAACACCAUAGCAGCCAUCAUGAACAACAUAGCAAUACUUUAGCAACCACCUAGCAACCCCAUAGUAACCACCCACGAAUCAGCAAUGCAGUCACACUCGCAGUUUCUGCUGGCUAGUACUUAAUGUAGUAAAUACGGUUAUGUGUCACUCUUAUUGUAAAGUGUUACUGAAAGUUUAGUAGGUACAUUAUAUUCUCCCUCUCAGUCCUGCACUGACUGUCACUUUAUAGGCUAUUUGGGUUUUAUUUUUUUAUUUUUUAGAUAGAUGUGAUUGUGAUGAUAAUUAAAGCCUGACUUUACUGGUGAAGACAGUAAUGGUUAAUGCAACAAAUUAAAUUUUAAGGGACAUAAAGAUGUUAAAAUUCUAAGCGCAGAGAAAAACUUAUCGACUUAUUCUGUGUUUGUGUUCUGAUAUUUACGUGUUUUUAUUUUGUGUGUGUUUGUGUACAUAAAUAUUUGAAUCCACCAGAACAUUCAGCUGUGUAAACUGUGAUGUCCUGAGGGGAUUAUAUGGUAAUUCAACUGACUAAAUAUAGCCUGUAGCCUUUUGGUAUACAAAACAGACCAGAACGAACGCACAUAAGAAAGAGAAAACCGAUGAACAAAAAUAAUUUAAAAGGCAAUUUCCAUUAUUUUCUUUUUACUUUAUAUAAUUUGCUUAAUUCUCAUUGUAUUUUAAUUGUAAUU